AUGACAGCUGACCAGUUAUCUCCUUAUGCAGUUUAUUAUUUUUUCCGUUCGUUCCGGAACUCUCUUCCUGACGAGAAUGAUUUUGAAGACUUCAUCAGUACUUUAACUAUUACCCCUAUGCAUGCAAUCAUUGAGAAUGUCUUACCUUUUUUUCGUCGUUCCGCGGAUCCUGGUUUGUUCACAAAAUUCCAAGUGAUGAUGCGUCAAUGUGAACAGAAUUCUGCUUUCGAGAGUACCCUAAUGAGGGUUUGUGACGCUUUGGAUAUGCUUCAAAGAGUUGAACGAGCAUUGAGAAAUGAUAAACGUUUGAUGGAUGGCUAUUUACGUGCCAUGCAAUUUGAUAAUGAUUCAGCGAGUCAUCAACAAGUUUGGGACGGUCUCCAACGUUUUCUCAACGAAGAUUGUGAUCCACAUACUAAACGAAGAAUGGAAAAAGUGUUUGCCGAACAAAAAGCUAGUGAUGAACUUGGUCUCAACGAUGAUGUGCUUUCCGUGGCCUACUCUCUAAUUGGUGAUGAUGCCUUAUAUAUUGAAAUUCUUGAAACUCUUCAAUUGAACAACCGACAGAAUCUUCCAUGGGAAGCUGUAAUCAAGAGAAUUCACCGUGUCACCACAGAGAAAAAACCUCACAUUUGGCCAACGUUAUGCAAGUUCUUGGAUGAUGUCCAUAACGGUCGUGUGGACUUUUCGUAUUCACCUUACUGGGACGAAUAUCUUGAUGAUGAAGAAGUGAUUGAACCAGAGAAUGAAAUCAAUAUUCUUGAACAAAAAUUCUCCAAUGUCAAUAUUGGCACAGAAAAUCAUGUGGUAAAACCUCAAUCACAACAAGAACAACAAAAAGAAGUUGUCGGAACUGUUUGA